AUGGACGAGGAGAAUUUGGGGUGGCGGUCGCACUGGGGCUUUAAGCUCAUUGUUGCUGCCACCAUUGUUGGGGUCGCGAUUAACGCGUUUCCUCUCAUGGGAGACUCGCUUAUCCGCCAUUCCAUCGCUCUCCUCAGGGCCAAGGACCCUUUCCUCAGGCGAUCGGGAGCGUACCGCCUCGCCUUCAUUGCCUCCAAUGAUGAGACUCGCAUGAAAAUCAUGGAAGCUGGAGCUCUUCCACACCUCCUGCUCCUCCUCGAAUCCCCUUUUCACCACACUGAAGCAACCCCUCAUCCUUCCUCCCCUCCUCUUGCAAAUCCUCCUCCUCUUGCCCCUCCUCCACUCGGCGCCCCUCCUCUUUCGCCUUCUGAAAAGCGCACGGUCAAGGAAGCACUCACCUGCCUCACCCACCUGGCUCAAUCAGACGCAGCAGCGCACGCCAUGGUUGCAGCCGGUGCUGUAGCAAGACUGCAGCAAGCAGCAGAUUGCAUCACACUUCGAAAAGGCGAUCAGCUGGACAAGCUCCUAGGGCCGUUGGAUGCUCUUGUUUCCCACCUUGUCUCUGCUGGUGUAACCAGUUAG